UUAAAAAUGGCGGUCAUGGAAGGUCAGUUAUGUAAGUGGACAAAUGUAAUGAAAGGUUGGCAAUAUCGAUGGCUCGUAUUAGAUGAUAAUGCUGGAUUAUUGUCAUAUUAUACGUCAAAGGAGAAAAUGAUGCGAGGUGCUAGGAGAGGAUGUGUAAGACUCAAGGGAGCCGUUAUUGGAAUUGACGAUGAAGAUGAUAGCACCUUCACCAUCACUGUGGAUGGAAAAAUAUUUCACUUCCAAGCUGAAAAUGCUGAUGAUCGAGAAAAGUGGGUUUCAGCAUUAGAAGAAACUAUUGUGAGACACACUCCAAACCGAGGAAGUUAUUACAAGAACUGGGAGAGGAGCGUCUUAGCUUCAACAAUCCAAGAUUUUGAGUCCAAACUUACUGAGUCAGAUGCAUAUUUACAACUGAUGAUAGAGCAAGUCAAGAACGUUGAACACAAAAUGGAAGCAACUGAUGGAAAAGAAAAAACUCUCUUAUCAUUAGUGAGAGAUAAGGCGAAUUGUGUGGUGGAAAGUGUGAAACACUCCAUUAUUCUCCUCCAGAUUGCUAAGAAUACCUCGCAUCCAGUGAAUGGAGUGUACCAAACUUUUAAACCUACUGAAGUUUCUCCCCAGCCUUCAGUAAGUUCAAGAGAGGUAAGUGCAGAAAAUGAUCCUACGAAACUACCAAUCGUUAAAGUAGAGGAGGCGGCAGAAUGCAAGGAAGAGGGUGAAUCAAAAGAUAUUAAUUCCAUUACUUCACAAUCACCAAGUCCUAGUAUGCAGGUGACAACACCUCUUCCUCAAAUAUCUGUGUCCAGUAGUAGCCAGUCUGUUGUUUCAAGGUCAGAUGUUCCUGAGCUGGAAUCACUGGUUGCCCCUCUGUCUACAGCUGAAGCUGUUUCUCAGUUAAACCAGUUGUUCCCAGAAACUUCUUACUCCAGUAGUGAAGAUGACGAUUUCUUCGAUGCUGCCGAAGAUACCGUGUCCUCCCUUCAGAGUCCCAAUGGGCAUCGCACAUUUGUUGAUGCCAUGGAAUCAUUAGAGGUGGUUCCAGUUCGAACCGUAGAACCAGAACCACUGGUUGACACAGGAAAUAUUAACAAUGAUGCCCUUUACGAAGAUGAUGAUGAAGAAGAUUUGGGGUCCCUAGAAGGCCAAGGCAGUGUGAUCAGCCACUUACUAUCACAGGUGAAGAUAGGCAUGGACCUGACCAAGGUGGUCUUACCAACGUUUAUUCUAGAAAGACGGUCUCUUCUAGAAAUGUAUGCUGACUUCUUUGCUCACCCGGAUAUCUUUGUAAGCAUUCCAGACUUUGAAGAUCCAAAGGACCGAAUGGUUCAGGUACUCAGGUGGUACCUCUCUGCGUUUCAUGCUGGUAGAAAGUCAGCUGUUGCCAAGAAACCAUAUAAUCCUAUCCUUGGGGAAAUAUUUCGGUGUUAUUGGGAGGUUCCAGGUUUCCAUAAUUCGCAGGAAUAUGUAGUUGAUGGUCCUAUUCCCUGGGCAACUAAGCAAAACCUCACCUUCAUUGCCGAGCAAGUCUCUCAUCAUCCGCCCAUAUCAGCUUUUUAUGCAGAACACUAUGAGAAAGGGAUUUCCUGUUGUGCUCACAUCUGGACAAAAUCAAAAUUUCUGGGGCUCUCGAUAGGUGUACAUAAUAUUGGUCAGGGUUGUAUCUCCUUACUAAAGUAUAACGAGGAAUAUAUUGUUACAUUUCCUAAUGGCUACGGCAGGUCGAUACUGACUGUACCGUGGAUUGAACUAGGUAGUCACGUUAGCAUCACGUGUGCCCAGACUGGUUACUCCGCUACGGUAGAAUUCUUGACCAAGCCUUUCUACGGCGGAAAGAAACACCGUAUCACAGCUGAAGUCUUCCAACCUAAUGACAGGAAACCGUUCAUAAGUGUUGCAGGAGAGUGGAAUGGAAUAAUGCAUGCAAAAUGGGCUAGUGGAGAAACAGAAGUAUUUGUUGAUACAAGAAAGGUUCCCAUCAUACGAAAGAGAGUUAAGAACAUAGAUGAACAAGAACCCCAUGAAUCAAGAAGGUUGUGGGUUGAUGUCACCCGAGGUUUAAAGUUUCAUCAUGUUAAUGCAGCAACAGAAGCAAAGUUUGCUUUGGAGCAGCAACAACGGGAUGAGGCUAGGGCAAGAAAGGAGACGGGUAGCAAAUGGGAAACUAGAUUUUUCCAUGAGGUGGGAGAACACUGGGUAUAUGACCAUCCUCUUCAGAAAAGAACACAAGUAAACUGUACAUAAUAUCAAAUAUCUUCAUUCCUAGUCUGUAGAAAACUCGUUAAAGGGCUCUGGGUUCCAGAUUAAGUUCUCAAGCAACCUACCACUGGUUACAGAAGACAGUGGUUAUUUGGCUCAAGAAAAGGUUUAUGACUGUUGAUUAGUCCAUCCUUUGGUCUCUCUUUGCUGGGUUACAUCAGGGUUUAUGUGAUGGUUUGGGUAGAAAUUGUGAUGCAAGACAAUGAAGUGAACUAAAGUUUAUGGUCAUUAUUAAUGUUAUUUCUGUACUUUAAUUAGUUAAUUUUUUUUUUUUUUGUUCCUUGUAGGCUAGAUGUAACUUUUGUCCAGCCCACAAAAUCUUAUAGAUGUUUAAAAUAUGUGUAUAUAUGUAUUAAUUGUUUAAUAUAAGAGUGCUUUUGUCAUUUACAUACAGUGAUAAGUGAAUAGAGACAGUUUUAAGGUCUCUGACACUUUUUCUUUGGGUGUGUGAUGUCAAGACUGUUGCUUUAAAGUCUAUAUAAAGUUCUGUUAAAAUUUACAGUUCAUCAUUCCAAGCGUUAUCAAAGUAAAGAAGGCUUAAACAUUAGCCAAGACUUUUUUUGUGAGUGGUUUUUUUCAUUUUGAUUUCUUCCAUACCUGAAUGAUUUAAGAAAAAUUUCUUAUGUAAGAAAAGACUGAAAAUUCACUGCCAAUUACUUGGUUAGUUAGCUGUUGUUUUUAUAUUAGUUACGUUUACUUCCAUUCAGUUACAUUCCUUAUUAUGGUUUAUUAUUUAAUUCUUGCAUUACUUUAUCUUAAAGAAAUUAGAAUGACAUAACAUAAAUGUAUUGGAUGCUAAUUCUUUCAGAACUCUGGAAGUUUCUGUUUUCUCUCUCUCUCUCUCUUUCUUUCUUUUUGCUGAACUGAAGAUGAUGAGGAAAAUUAAUGUUUUUUGUGUUAAUUCAUACAAUUGAAGCACUGGUUUAACAACUAUUGUUAUUAAUUAUCUAAUGUGGAAUUUAUAGAUUUCAAAAUAAUAUUUUAUUUUUCCAUGUGCAAAUAAAGCUGUUUCAAUAAAACAAAUAUAGAUCUAUUAAAACUGGACCCAAAAUCUGAAAAAUAUCAGUUGCUCCAUUUCGUCAUACAUAAUACGCUCAGUGUUAUAAAGUUUUAGUUUGGAGACUUUCCAACACAAAUAUGAUUUAUCACUAAAAUUUUCAAAGGCUCCACCUGAUAACUAAAAUCUAGUGAUGACUAUGUUAACUAAACCUUUGAAACCUGGAUUGUAUUCUGUGAUAAAAAUAUUCUGAUAUCUUUGAUAAAUCUUCUGUGUUCUAAUGUGGUUGACCAGAUGAUCUGGUGAUUGACCAAAGGCUUCUCUUGCAGUUAAAUAAUUGAGUAGGACUGUUUACAGUUCUUAAGUGCAAUUUUAAAUAAAUUAAUUCAAGAUAAAAUUAUUUUGAUGAAACUUCAGAAUCGGUUGAAAGUUACACCAGCUAAUGCGUACAAAAGACUCGGUGAGUUGUGUAGAUGACUCAUCUAAACUAUGAAGGGCAGUUAGUAAAGAUUGUAUGGCCUUGUUGGAAAAGAGUAAGUGUAGUAUAACAUUCCACGAGAAUGGAUGUGUUACUGCCUUGUAACUUUGACUUCCAGUUGUACUGUUGAGGACUUCAAAGCUAAGAAAGAGUAUUAAUUUACAAAUACUUCGUGUAAACACCAGAUGAUCUCAUUGACCUUGUGUCUAACUAGUGAAUUAAUUGGUAAUUUCAUUUACAAAUCUGAAUGAACCCCAAGAAUUGAUUGGUCGAUUUAGAGCUAAUAAUAAAAAAUAAAAAACUCGAGGGACAGUUGAUUCAGUUUCAUAGAUGUAUUUGUUAUUAGUUGAACUGUAUGAUUGUGAUGAUUUUCUAGUGUUUCAAUCUUUUAGUAUUUAAAAAUUUUUUAAUAUUGUCUUUAAAAAAAACAAGCAUGAUUCUUAAGCUACCUGUAAGAAAUGGAAUAGGACUUCAAGUAUUGUCUUUUAGAAUUGGAACAUUGUGUUGUUUAAUUACCCAAAUAUGCACAAAAAACAAUGAUGUUGAAAUUUCUCAUUGCAUAUUUGCUGUGUCUGACCAAAAAAAAA